UGUAAAUGUCUUUACUUCUUUUAUAAUUUUUAAAGUCCCUGCUAUAUAAAAUAAUUACUUUCUUUAAAAAAAAAAAAAUAAAAAAUAAAUUAUAUUAAUAAAUCACUUACCCCAAACUUGAAUGGUGGUGUUUAUUACUGGGGUUGGUGGGACUCUAAACAUGAAGUCAAUCUGAACAGAACAUGAAGGUUAAAAUGCUAGGUUAUGAUUGUAAUGCCACUGAGUACCUCUUAUUGUAACCAAAUAUUGAAUUGUGCCUUGAUUUCUACUCACUAAUUUUUUUCCCCUAAUGACCAUAAUAGGUUUUUUUGAGAAAGAUUUAGACAUUUCCUAAUGUAUUUUCUUUCUUUUCUUCUCUUUUUUGUAAUGGUAGGCCUACAUUAUAUUGUAAAAUAUGGGAUUGAAAAAAUUGUGCCUCUCUCCAGAUUGCCACUUUCAUUGUCACUUUAACAGGCCUACCAGAAACUAUUAUCACAUCUGUUUCCCGUGUGUGUUUUAUUAAUUCUAUAUCACACAAUGCUGCACAAGUGUGUUUUCAGUGAUGUUUUGUCAUCAUUUUGUCAGUAUAUUACUAUCACCUGUGCAUAUAAAUACCAAUACACUGUAUGAUACAAAAACUGUAUGGUUGAUUUGUAUUUGUAACCAAUAUUGAUAUAUCAAACCAAAAGUUUUGUGUGUUCUUGUGCUUUAUUUCUCUUUACUAUAUCAUUAAGAUGCCAGUAUUCCUGGAAAUAAAUGUAGUAAGAUUGCUCAAGCCAAUGCAACCUUUACCUGGGGGAAGGUCACCUGACUUAGGCCCAUUACAGGUUCAAUGAUCCGGAUCUUGGUUCUCUACUGGCCCUGUGUCCUGUCACUCACUCCUGCCCUUCACCUCUAUGAGGACACAUUCAUAAAGCUCCACACGCUCGCCGGUACUUUCCUUUGUGAACUUAAUAAACCUGCUGGACUUUUUGCCAUGGCAGAGAACAAGCCGUACCGCUAUGGGCUCAUCGUUCUGGGGAUGGCGUUCGUGGCUAUGGGUCUGUUCAUGAUUUCUGUAGAGAAGCCACAGGUGUUUGCCACGUUCUGUGCUGCGGGAGUGAUAAUGGUGGUCACUGGGUCUGUCUGGUCAGUGUGUCAGUGUUACCCCAGGGUGACUGUUAUAGUGCCAGAUAAGGAGGAACUCUGUGGGGCUGAAAAACAGGACUUGAGUGCUGGAAGUUCAGAUGAAAAAAGUCCAACGAAACCAAUAAGAGCUCCCUUGGCUGGCUUCUGUGAUGAUGAAGUAGAAAUAUCGGCAGAUCCAAAACACCACACGGAGAACAAACGCGGUGAGCGUGUCAUCGUCCUGCACACAUGUCGAAGUUCUCCCAGUGUUCUGGCCUGCUCCGGCUCUCCACUGAUGGACAGAAGAACUCCACGACCAGACCCCAGCAGAGAGAUGUACUAUGGGAAAGUAGAGGACUCGUGUUUCUACACAUCUGAGCUGGAGAGUGAAUAACUACUGCUGAUCCUAAUGUCCAAAUCACCAUCUACAUCUGACAUACAAGAUUUGACACCUAUGUAGUCGAACAUAUUCUAAAUAACUUGUAAAAUAACAAAACUGCAUGUAAUUUAUGUGCCACUGCCAUCACUUUUUACAUUAGGCUGAUAAGUGUGUGAAUGUCACAAGAUCUGGCCAUGACUUUGUCAAAAGCAUAUGAUAACAGAAUUGUUCAACUCUCAGGGAAAUAAAGCUGGGAAAGGUUUAAGCAUUAGGUGAUGAAAUACUUGUGACCUUGACUCGUGUCACCAUGCAGACCAGAGGACACUGAAAAAGGAACUUUUUUAUAUGUGUUUGUGGUGCUCCUUCCUUUACAUUUGAGACAGCACAAUAAUUAUAGUUAUAAUAUAAAUAUAGUUAUAAUUAUAUGUUUUUAGAUUAUUUAAAUAUAUUAUUUGAAAAGUUCUAUUACUUUAAUGUGUAAAAGUGAUUAAUUGUUGAGUCAGUUCUAGAUAUUUUUAGUCAUGUAAAAAUGCAUGUUGCAACAGGCCUACUGUGAAUCUCAGCCACAAAUUAUG